UAUAUUUCAAGAAAAACUGUGGGAAGAGUUUUAGAAAAGUUACAAUUAAUUCAUACAUAAUUCCAAACUUUAUGAAGUUUGAAAAAUUAAAGUUUUGUUAGCUUAACAAUAUUUCAACAAUUUAUGGUAGAGCACUAAUAUAGUAUUUAUAAUAUGAGUGUUACUUAUUAGGCAUUAAUAAGAGAAGCAAAGACAAAGAAAAAAUUAAAAUGCCAGAAAAACCACUUCAAACUUAUAUUUGUAUCUGGAAAAAAUAGUUUUACUACUAAAAAACACCCUCUUAUCAGCAGAUAUUGAAAUGAAACUGGUCUCAGUACUCUUCACACAGCUGAUUGUGUCAUGUUGGUGCGGGAAACCCAUAGAUUACACACCUUUACUGAAGUAUUUAGAUGACGAUAUCGUGAGAGACCUCAUAGACCCUAUAGAGGGCAGAGGUCACGUCCUGUUGGAGAAUGUGGAAACCUACAACAGUCGGUUGGGCGACUGCAGGGACAUGGUGCAACAGAAUGUAUUUGAAGCCUAUGUGAAAGCUGUGGAGUUACAAAAAAUCGGGGGUCCGCAAUUUUUAAAAGCUAAUGUGGAUAGGGAACUGUUGAAAAAGGCGUACAACUGGUCUGAUGAUGACUUGAAGAAUUUGGAGAAGCAUUUUGAAACGACAAAAAUGGUAUGGAGAGAAGUUGAAGGUGAAUUUAAGUCGGCUGAAGCUGUAUUCAAAAUUAUUCAAGAGAAAGAGGCGAAGGAACGGGCUGAACAAGCCGAACAGGAGAGAGAACGUGUCGAGAGAUUGAGGAAAGCCGAGGAAGAAUUUAGUAAAAAGGUCACUGUAAAUAUUGGAACUGCGCAGCCAUCUCCUUAGAGAUAUAGUAGGAGGUCCUUUUUCAACAAGUAAAAAAUAAACCAUAACUGUUGGCUCUUUUCAAACUAUUUAAUUUCAAAGGAACUUUUUUUACUAUUUCCUUUAACAAUGAACUUAAAUAUUGUUAAUUAUGUGUACUCAUACAUAAGUUAUUUCCUCCUAUUAAACUAUCUCAUAUCAAAUUUA